UUUGAAGGGAAGUGAACGCGCUGCGCGAAGCUAUUGAUAUCUGGUGAAUUCAAGCGAUUUUUUUUGCUAUCAAAAAAAAAAGUUUAUAUCGAGUUGAUUUCGCAGAGAGAUUAAUAGAAAAUUGCGUGAGUGUCUAUACAUGUCAACCACCACAAAUUGCUUAUAAUCCCACAAAAUAAAGUACAAAGAAAAGAAAAAUCAAUUAAAGUGAAUGUUUAAAUAGCGAUUAGAACAGAUUGAAAUUGUCUCAAGUGUAAAAUUUGCCACUUAAGAGCUGUUCCAUACGCACAUAUGUGUAUACUUAACACGUAAUGGAUAAGAUAUGUGAUAACAACCCAACAAUGAAUGAAAUUAUGGAGCAUAAGGAUGGGACGAGUGAAUGUCAUGAUAAUAAUAAUUCCAAUUUGAAAUUAAUUUGUAUUGAAAACUGUGCUGAGGGUUUGGGUAUAAAACUAAGCAAAAGUUCAUGGGAUCCAUAUCCGUUUAUAAGUUUUGUCGAUGAAACGAGAGAACAGCAGCACGACUUACAAAUUGGUGAUUGUUUAUUGAAGGUUAAUGGACAAGAUGUGCUGGGUUGGCGGAUACAAGAAAUAGCAGAGCAAAUACACAAUAAAACAGAUGAUGACAACAAUGAAGUCAAUUUACUGUUAUGGCGCGCUAGGAACUCGCAACAAGGGUAUCAACCACAAUUAUUUCAUAAUCUCAUAUCGGAUGUUAUUAACAUACUACAGAUGAUGGAAUGUCCUAUUUGCAUGGAGAUACCGCAAUCACCAUCAUAUACAUAUCAAUGUGUAAACGGGCACAUCGUAUGCGAGAAAUGUCGUUGGAAAAUUAUCAAAUGCCCCACAUGUCGUGUACAACUUGGAAGAGGACGAUGUCUUAUUGCUGAUAAAAUCCUCCAUUAUAUGCAAAAUAACAGUAUGAUAAAAAUUGGCGGGAGCAGUUGUGAUAUCGGAAAAAAUAUGUCGAAGAAAAUUGAUGAUCGAUCGAGUCUGAGGGCGUCAGGAAAUGAUAUGGAAGAUGACAAUAAGACGACGACGCAGGAAGGAAAUUUACAUGUUAAAAGAUCAUGUUUACCGUUUAAAUUUAAAUUUAGAUCUGUGACAUUUUGGAGAAAUUCUACGUAAAAAAUUGUUUUUCACUUUGUUUGAAGACUU